AUGGGCCCUGAUCAUGGCGUUCUCGGAGCCACCUUCAAGGCCACGAGGGCGUUGCAGAUGGCUUCCAUGAUUGCCAUUAUUGGUAUCACGGCCAACUUCAUUUCCGAAAUGGUCAGCGCUGGCGCAACCCCUCCACCGGUAUUGGUGGCAACAUUGAGCAUCGUCUGCAUUUCAGUUCUGUACUGCGCCAUUACACUCAUUCUGUAUUUCGACAGCAUUCUCCCCUUCCUUAUCAGUGCUGGCAUCGACUCAGUCUUCUUGAUCGCGCUCGUCGUGGUGUCGGUCGUCAUUGGGAGGCCGCUAUCAUACCUCAACUGCCCAGAAUUGGACAAAACCUCCAAUGCCACAUCAAGCGCCUACGACUUUACUUCGGCACUCGGAAACAGCCUCAACAAAAGUGGCAAAGUCAACUACUCUUCCUGGAUCGGCACUUCCAAAUCCACCUGCCUUGAAAUGAAGUCAAUCUGGGGGUUGAGCAUCGCUUUGUGCAUCCUGUUCACCUUGUCGGCGGUCAGUACCAUCUGCCUGUGGAAAAGAACCAAGCAGGCACCUGUCGACAAGAGCGACGCUUGA